UUUGUUUUUGGAAACAAGAAUAUUCUCUUUCUUUUUUGUUUUUUUUUCUAGUCAAUUUUUUUCCAAAAUUAAAUGAUCACCGAAACAUUAAAAUUGGUAAAAAUUCAUGAAAAUACUCAUCUAAUUGAACAAUGUAUCGAAAUACUUAAUGAAGAAUGGCCAAGAGAAUCACAACAACGAAUGAAAACAAUGAAACGUUCAUCGGAUAAUUUUCCGAUUUGUUUGGCAUUGAUUGAUGACCAACAACAAAACCAAGAAAAAGUUAUCGGUUUUGUUAAAUUAACCAGUGAAAAACCAUUUAAUCCGGUUAUAUUUGUUGAAUCAUUAAUCGUAUCGAAAGAAUAUCGUCGGAAAGGAAUUGGACGAUUCAUCAUGGAACAAGUGGAAAAAUUUGCAAAAGAAUUGAAUUUUGAAAAAAUUCAUCUGACGACAACCGAUCAACAGGAAUUUUAUCUAAAAUUAGGAUAUCUAUUACCCAAAUGUAAUAAUAAUAAUGGAAAUAAAAUCUUAAUGUAUAAACAUAUUUUGUAAAACUUUUUUCCUAC